AUCAUAGAGUUGGAAGAGACCCCACGGUCCAUCUAGUCCAACCCCCUCCCAAGAAGCAGGAAAAUCACACUCAAAACACCCCUGACAGAUGGCCAUCCAGCCUCCGCUUAAAAGCUUCCAGAGAAGGAGCCUCCACCAAACUCUGGGGCAGAGAGUUCCACUGCCGAACAGCUCUCACAGUGAGGAAGUUCUUCCUAAUGUUCAGGUUCUCUGUCUUUCUCUCUGUUUUCUAUUAUCUAUCAAGCUCCUCCUGCUGACUCUCUCCACCUCUCCAUCUACGUGAGUACCCACCAGUUCCUUUGUCCCCUCACAUUUCCCUAUUUCUCUGCAUCUCCUUUCACUCUUUCACACACACUCUGCACCUUCCUGCCUUCUUUCCUAUGCACCCAUACUAGUACAUAUGAGUCAGUGGGUUGUGAACUUCCUCUUGCUCAUAUUUGCAUCUUUCUUUGCUGCCUCAAUCAACAUGCUUACGUCUCACAGGUGCCCACCAGAGAUUGAAAAAUUCCAAUGAGGAUACUAGUGAAGGCAGUAUGCAUGGGUUUAGGAGGAGGACAAGGUACCUAAUGCAAAUACUCUCCUCUCUAAAAUGUGUUGAUUUCAGUUUGGAAGAAAAUUUGCUUAAAAUAUGAAAAAUGUAACCCGUGUAAUUUAUAUUCAUGCACAUGUUCCAAUCUUAGGGCAUGGAAACUCAGCUGCACAACUCGUGUGUAAAAGCCAGCUUAAGCUGUAACUUCUUUUUCUCUGUACUGAUUAUUAGCAUUGGGUGACCCUAACUAUCUACCAGCUCAUUCCCUCCAUUUCUAAUCAGCACAAACAUUGACAUAAAGGAUGUGCAGAAUCUCUUUGAGAAAAGUAAGUUUUUUUUCCUUCUCUUCAAACUCUGAAAAAGAUGUCUCAUACACACACACACACACACACACACACACACACACACACACAUAUUUCCAAGGGCUGCAGUUCCUUCUGACUCUUAUCUCUCCAACAUUAAAUGAAUAAAUUAUAAUAUUUCUGAGAUCUAAUACACAAUUGACUGUGGGGAGAGAUUUAAUUAUGGCUAUUGCCUUGUCUAGUAGAUGUUAAUUUUAUGUAAUUUUCAAAGGUCUUUCAUAAGUCUGUUUGCUUUCCAAUUUGGUGGGGAAGGAUUUGGUUCCUCUGCCUUUCAUGCAAUAGUAUUCUGGUAUGUUCUUCUAGCCCAGCCCUUUACUGCAGAAGCCCUGGAUGUUGUUUGACUUCCAGCAACACUAACCAGCAUGGUGCAUAGUGAGGAAUGUUGGAAGAUACAUGGCAUUCAGAGUGUCACUUGAUUCCCAUCCCCACUUAUACACAAAAAUCAGCCUUGUGAGCUUGUUGUGUGCUUUCAAGUCAUUUCCAACCUAUGGUGACCCAAAGGCAACCCUAUAUUUGUGUUAUCUUGGUGAUAUUUCUUCAGAAGAGGUUGUCAUUGCUGUCCUCUCAGAUUACUCACUAGGCCUCUAUGGCUGACCGAGAAUUUGAACCCUGGUCUCCAGAGUCAUAUGCUUAGAGUACUACACCAUGUUUGUUCCUUCUAUGAGUUCAGUGUGAGUUAUUCCCAACAAAAAUAGAUAGAAUUAUCUUCGCACAACAUGCAAGACAUGUUGUUGCUGUUAGGUAGGAAUAAAUUUACAGUGAUACCUUAACUUAAGAGUUUAAUUUGUUCCAUGAUUGAGCGCUUAACUCAAAACAUUCUUCUCUCAAAGUAACUUUCCCAUUGAAAUGUUAUUAAUCAGUUCUGCCCCCCACCCAGCCCUCCAUUUUUGUUAUAUGUUUUUCAAUAAGAAAAUGUACUUUAUAAAUUACAAAUAAUGUAUACAUGCACAUUCAUGUGGAACAAUAAAAAGGAAGAUCAACUUUAAAAUGGUAGAAGCACAGAGUUGUGGCAAGGAAGCACAAAGUGAAGAGGCAGAAGCAUCAUUUUCUUCAUACUGUACUUAUUCCAGCCUCCCUCCCUCUCUGUCUCCCUCUCUCUUCAUGAAGCCAAACAUACCAGGACUAAAAACCACACAAAAUCAACUAACCCAAAGUUCCUCAAAGCAGACAAGAGCAAAGCAGGCAACAAUUUCCCAAAGUAGACAAGAGUACAUGGCCGCUCCCUUGAAGCCCUAAAGUUCUAUACUCUCACGCUAGUGCUCCCUCUAGCUCUUAACUCAAAAUGCUGCUGUUAUGCCAAAGUGAGACUCAGGCCAAGCAAUAGCUCUUAACUCAAAACACUCUUAACUUGGGACUCUCUUAAGUCGAGGUUCUGCUGUAUUUGUUCGCAUUUGUUCAUGCAUUUUCCACCUCCAAUGAAAACAGGGCAACUUACAAACGUCGUCAUCCUUCCAAUUUAUCCUCCCAAGGUCAUCCACCCAAGAGACCCAAGGUCAUCCACCAAGAUUCAUAAGUCAUUUGGUGCUUAAGUCCCUAGGCAGACCAGCUCUCUAACCACUAGAUUAUAUCAUUUGAACUAGCUAUUCUACUAUUGGUGUUAUGUGGAACCACUUUUUAAACUCAAUGAGACUUACCCUAAGCAUCCCAAACUGCAUCAAGUGUUUGUACAGGCAGACCUAGAAAUGUUAUUGCAGAUGCAACUGUGGAAAGAUAAUCCCUACUUUUUAAAAAAGUGUGUGUUACAUAAAGCGCAGCAGUCAUGAUUAAUAGCACAAAGAAGAGAAAGACUUGCCCAGGGGUGUCAAGCUGCUAGUGCCAGAGAGUGAAACAGCUCUGAUCGACUGAAUCCCUGGGAGAUGAGGCACAUCGUGCUGUCUGCAGCCUGCAUUUGGGGAGAGAGCAGCCACUAUAGCCAUCCUAGGACAUUUCUGAUAUGUUAAAAGCCUUGAAUGGCUGAGCAGUCUAUGAAAGGCAGCGGCAACCGCUGUCUCCCACUCCCCCCUCUCCCUGUGCUUUGCUGUUUGCUAAACACACUCCCCCUCCUUCUCUCUCGCUCAUUCAGUAUCUAACUGAGCAUCCAGCUUUUGUGGGGUUGGGACUGUGUCAGUCACAUUCUGAAACUGAAGCAUGGCACAUCAACUCCACCAAACAUGAGGCAGGUUCCAGGACAAGGGGCAACUCUGUAAUUUGGGUUGACUCUGCCCUUUUAAAAGAGUUACUUUGAGAAAGUGUUUCUUUAUACAAGAUUGCAAACAGUGGAAGACAAGAAACAAAGAGCUUGGUCCAGUGGAACAAUGAAACAAUAACUUCAGAGAAAGUUGCAAACCAUCACCCUGAAUACAAAAGAAACAGCACAAGAAGACAUGGGGCUGCUUGAUCAAGCCAACAACACCAUCAUUGUGGAUGAGCGUAUCUUGGAUAAAAAGUUAUUUGGCUGGCACACAAAGAGCCUUGUCACUGCAAGUGAGGGACUCCAAGGAUCCAAUGAUGCUAUGAUGGACAGCACCAAAAUCUUGGGUGUCCAGGUCAUACUGAUAGCUGCCUACUCCUUAAUCAUUCUUCUGGGAUUCAUUGGUAAUUCCUUGGUCAUCUACAUGAUCGUGAAAUACAAAACUAUGAGGACCGUAACUAACUUUUUCAUAGCUAACCUAGCGCUGGCGGAUUUAAUGGUGGACACACUUUGCUUGCCCUUCACCCUGGCCUACACUCUUUUGGAUGAAUGGAAGUUUGGGGCUGUGCUUUGUCAUUUGGUGUCCUAUGCUCAAGCUUUAAGUGUUCAUGUCUCCACCCUAACCUUAACUGUUAUUGCUCUGGACAGGUAUAGAUGCAUUGUUUUCCACUUAGACAGCAGGAUUUCCAAGAAGAUCAGCUUCACCAUCAUAGCUAUUACUUGGCUGGUUGCUGCCGUUCUAGCCAGUCCACUUGCCAUCUUUCGAGAGUAUAGAUUUGAAGAAAUCCCAACCAUCAAUCUCAGAAUAGCUGUCUGCUCAGAGAAAUGGCCUUCUGAAAGCAGGGAUGCCACCAUAUACAGCUUGUCCAUGCUCCUCUUGCAGUAUGUUCUCCCACUUUCCAUCAUCUGCUAUGCUUACAUCAGGAUAUGGUUCAAGCUCAGAAGCCACAUAAGUCCCACUGCUAGGAAUGACAGUCACUGCCGCAGGAGAAAGACCACAAAAAUGCUAGUCAUGGUGGUAGUAGUGUUUGCAGUCUCUUGGCUCCCUUUCCACGUGUUUCAGCUUGCUAUUGACUUAGAUCUGGUGCUCAACUUCCAUGACUAUAAACUCCUUUACACAGUGUUUCAUGUUGUGGCUAUGUGUUCCACCUUUGCUAACCCUUUACUCUAUGGCUGGAUGAACAAAAACUACCGGAAUGGGUUCCUCAUGUUUUUCCGCUGUCAAAACAAACCAGAGAGACUGUAUACUGAAGGAUCCAUCAGAGGUCGGUCCUACACGUUCAGAGCCACCACCUUGAAUGGGAGCAUCAAGCACUCAACAGGCAAUGGACAGCUACCAACACAGGUUUAACAAACCAAAGCUGCAUCCUCGUAUAGGGGCUGGAACACCACUAAGGAGUAACAUCCACCACUAAGGAGUAACAUCCACUAAGGAACUCAUGGCUUUCCUAAAAGUAAAAAAAUGUGUUGUAUUGCCAAAAUGCUAUCAGUAUCAUAGCCAAGCACAAGCACUUUGUCUGUCUAUCCAAAGUACCUCAUGUGCUGCCCAUUAUGUUUCAUGAAGCAAGUUAAUUAAGCCAUGCCUCAGGUUCUCUGUUGCCUGUUAACAUAAACAGUGGAAAACAUGUUGUAUACUGGGUGCUUUAAUUUGUGUAACAAUUUAGCCCUACUGUUCUCUGGAAGAGAGAACAAGAUUACUCAACUGCUUUAGGCAUCCAGUAGGAAUGGAAAUAUCUGUAUUGAUAUUGGCAAAAUAUAGGGUUGUAAGGUACAUAUUAAAUUGUAUAUUCUUUUAAUUGA